UUCAAAUUUCCAAGAUGGCGAAUUCGUUAACCACUUUUCCUUCGCUUCUUCCUCGAAUCGCUGAUGACCUUUGGUUUACUUUAGAAAAAAGAUUAGAUGAUGAUGCUGCCCUGACAAAAGAGGAGGAACAGUAUACUGCAUUGGUGCGUCUUCCAAUCCUUAGCUUGUUGAUUUUUUGUUGAUUUUUCUUUGGAUAAAAAAUAAGACGCUAAUAAUUGUUUUGGGCACAUUACAAAUUCUUUUUACGGUUAGUUGUUGAAGUCUUUUGUGUAUGUAAGUGUCAACGAUGAGCUUCAUAUUUGUAAUACCCGGAUACAUCUAUCAGCGUCUUGUAAAACGAAGAAUAUAAAACAGAAGAAUCUAUUAUUGAUGUGGAAAGCUAAGUUGUGGCCGGGUAGUUUAUAAAUGAAACUUAACAUUAUCUGCAUUAUUCACCGAUGCAAUGAAUUGCCCAAAUGUUCGCUAACAUUAUUUAGCAUUAUUAAACGCGUAUUAUCUUAGCACUUAUUGAAUAAUUUUUGAACGAAUUUAAAAUUCCCUAAUCCUGACAGUGUAAGAAGAUUCUGGAUAAGGGCAGUGACAUUCCUCCAAUUGGAACAAAAAAAAGCAAAGAUAAACAAGAGGUAAGCUCUGAUUGAGUCACUUAUAUUUUUAUGGUAAACAGAGAACCUAGGGGUUGUCAGAGAUGCCAACCUUUGGAAAUCUAAAAACUUGGAUACUCUCUCUAUUGCAUUACCCCCACCCCCAAAUAUCAAUGACCACCCCCCCCUGAUCCUGAUCCCCCAGUAAGAACAAUUCGAUCCUGUCCCUAAUUUAUCACAUGGGAAUGGCUUAGGACAUUAUAUGAAGUCUUACAAGUGGUACAGACCAAAAUUCGCUUUUAUGAUUGUAAUGGCAAAAUAAUCUUUGUCAGUGAUGAAAUACGUGCAAAAAUGCCCCAGAAACCGAAAUAUGAAUGGAAAAAAAAUUCGAAUUUUGGGAGAAAAUGGGGUAACUUCAAAAUUGAAGCACAGAAAAGCUCAUAACUCCAUUUUCCCAUUUUAUUUGGGAGAUUUGGUGACCCGUCCAGGAGACCAGCAGAUUGGUGUUGUAUCUGGGAGAUUCCCAGAUAAUCCAGGAGAGUUGGCAUGUAUGGGUUUUGUACUUUCCUUGUGAGUCCCAUUGAGAGGCCUUACACUAAGAAGAAAAUCUCUGAGGGGGCCAUGGAAAGUGUCUGUAUUGAUGGGGUGAAUAAACUAAAUAAGUAAAUAAAUAAAUAACGAUUUGCAGGUAGCACAUCCACAUAGUGGUUCUUCGUCUACCUGAUUCCUGGUCGAAUUGGAAUUUGGAAAUGUUGGUUUUUGAGGAGAGGAGAAAACCGGAGUACCCGUAGAAAAAUCUCUCGGAGCAAGGGAGAGAUCCAACAACAAACUCAACCCACAUAUAGCGUCGAUGUUGGGAUUUAAACCCGGGCCACAUCAGUGGGAGGCGAGCGCUCUCACCACUGUGCCACACUUGCUCCCCAUUAAGUGGGUUUAAUUUGGAGAAAAUUUAAGGGCUUUCUUUCCCCAGGGACAAAGCAAAUUGUCUGUAAUAAUGAGGUGUCUGUAUUAAGCAGAUGUCCAUAAAGCGGUGUUUGAUUGUACUUAAAAUUAGGUAUCUGCUACCCAACUGUUAUUAAGAUGCAUCCUAAUUUUGUUGUACUUUUUUCCAUUGAUAGAGAAUGGAGGAAGAAGAUGAUGAUCUUGAGGAUGAUGAUGAAUCAAAUGAUGAUAUGGAAGAUGAAACUGAUGACUAUGAAAGUCCUGCGACACCUGAUGUGGAGUCUGUUGAAGGAGAGGUGAUUAUGUUG